GCAGAGCCAAUCAGAGGGCGGAGGCUCGGUCAGCUGACAGGUUGUGGCGUCACCUCAGACGCUGUGUUGUCAAAAUGGCAGGACACCACCACCACUUCUCUCUGUGCUUCUGCGACUUGAUGAGGUUGCUGUGGUCCCUGGUGAUGCCCUGCGUCUACCUCAGCCUGGCCCUGACCCUGCUGCUGCUCCUGGUUCUGCUGGGGCUCCGCGCGUGGCUGCAGGGUCGCCGCAAGACCCGCCGCGCUCAGGACGGCGGCCCGGCUGUGGCUUUCUUCCACCCGUACUGCAACGCGGGAGGAGGCGGGGAGCGGGUGCUCUGGUGCUCCCUGAGGGCCCUGAUGAACCGAUACUCCAAUGUCUCCUUUGUGGUGUACACGGGGGACAAGGGAGUGACUGGUGAACAGGUCCUGGAGGGGGCGCGGCAGCGUUUCAACAUAACUCUACCCCGACCCGUCACCUUCAUCUUCCUGCGUCACCGUGACCUGGUGGAGGCCGCUUCGUACCCUCACUUCACCCUGCUGGGACAGAGCCUGGGCUCCAUGUUCCUUGGGUGGGAAGCUCUCACAGCUUUUGUUCCUGACCUGUACGUCGACUCCAUGGGCUACGCCUUUACGCUUCCAAUCUUCCGCUACUUGGGAGGCUGCAAGGUGGCGAGCUACGUCCAUUACCCCACCGUGAGCACGGACAUGUUGUCUGUGGUCAGAGAGAGGAACCCCAGGUUCAACAAUGCAGACUUCAUCUCCAGAAACCCGGUUCUGAGCGCCCUGAAGGUGCUGUACUACUGCCUCUUUGCUCUGCUCUACGGCCUGGCCGGCUCCUGCAGCGACGUCGUCAUGGUGAACUCCACCUGGACGCUGGGACACAUCCUGGCCCUGUGGCGCUGCCCCAGCCGCACCAGCGUGGUGUACCCGCCGUGCGACGUCAGGGCCUUCCUGGACGUCCCGCUGGAGGGGGAGGAGGACGAAGACGAGCUGGAGGAGGGCUGGGAGGAGCUGGGGGGUGACGAGGACGGGAGAGCGGGAGUAGACAGGAAGUGCCACUCCAUCGUGUCCGUGGGUCAGUUCAGGCCGGAGAAGGACCACCCGCUGCAAAUCAGAGCCUUUGCCAAGCUGCUGGACAGGAAGGGGGAUGGGCCCGGGGGCCGGGAGGCGCUGCGGCUGGUGCUGAUUGGCGGCUGCAGGAACCAGGAAGACGAGGACCGGGUGCUGAGGCUGCGGGGGCUCUGUCAGGAGCUCGGCGUCUCGGACCGCGUCGACUUCAAGCUCAACGUUCCCUUCGACGAGCUGAAGAGGGAGCUGGUGAGCGCCACCAUCGGGCUGCACACCAUGUGGAACGAACACUUCGGCAUCGGAGUGGUGGAGUGCAUGGCCGCGGGAACCAUCGUCCUCGCCCACAAGUCAGGCGGCCCGAAGCUGGACAUCGUGGUGCCGCACGAGGGCAGGCAGACGGGCUUCCUGGCGGACAGCGAGGACAGCUACGCCGCGGCCAUGGAAACCAUCCUGGCCCUGACGCCUUUGGCUAAGCUGGAGAUAAAACGCGCAGCGCGGGAAUCCGUGGGGCGUUUCUCAGACCAGGAGUUCGAAGCUUGUUUCCUCGCCGCCACGGAGGCUCUGAUGAAUCAGAUGGUGCGGUGAGGACGAACGAAGCAGACCUGGUGUCCAACUGGGACUAGAGACGGAUGUCGGUACAGAAAGCAAGCAAGCUGGAAUUUGAAAACAGAAGAAGCUUUCUGCUGUCUUUUUUGGAAAGCUUUUCCUACUUCACACUUUGUAACUUACACUAAUAUCACUGGGCGGUGAUCUUAUGUCUGUUUAAAACAAGCUAAGCUAACAGUUAAAGCGCAACACAG